AUGUCGAUUAAUACUCUUUUGCCUCGACCACCACGUCCAAUAUUACGAAAUGUAAACAUUGAUAAUAAUAUUGAUCCAGUAGUAAUGGAAACGGAAUUAAAUAGACAAAAUGAUGGUAAUGAUUUACUAGUUAGUAGCAAAGAAAAUGAAUCAAUUGAUGGUUAUGUAGCUCCACCAAAUGAACAAACUCAAGCUGACGUCCGCCGAAGUACGCGGGCACGCAGGAAAAAUAAACGAAUUUAUUCUCCUGAACCAAGUGAAGGUACAACCAAUUUAAUAAGUAAAAAGAAAUCCAAGCAAUCAAAUAAUAAAAAAUAA